AUGAAUCGAGCGGUAAAUUUGCUUGCCAAACGGCUCAACGUGUUGCGAAUACGGACGGCUGAGUUUCACGAGCCCUCGUCAUCGUUGAUCGUCCCACCACCAAUUGCGCCCAGAUACUUGCCGAUUUUGGAUCGAUCACAAGCGGAAACUAUACCAAACACAUCGCCACUCAAUCGGAUUAUCCCGUUGCACUGUCCGACAACGAAUCGCAAUCAAAUCCUCAGCCUGCCGAGUUUGCUGAAACAAGUGCCCAAAGUUGCCCCAUCGCCAGACGCGAAUCAAGCGGUCAAGGUGGAUCCGGAGUUGAAUAGGUCUCCAAUCACCGAGCCGUUGACUUCACGAAACGCCCCAAUGUUGGCCGGACCUCGAGCGCUCACGAUUCGUCGUCACAAGAUGCGAAAACAUAAAAGAAACAAGCGGAUUCAGCGGGAUUGGUUCAAAUAUCAGAAGUAUCAUCGCGAGAAGAAAAUGAGGGCUGAACGCGAGUUUGUGAAGCGAAUGAAGGGACAUUUGGCUGAGUUGAACAGCUUCAAUCCCGAGGUUUACGUUGAGGAAACGAUUUCAAGGGCAAAAAGAGAAUGGUCGGACGAGUUGACGCCAACGGGUCGCCGUUUGUAUCCACAUUGGUCACGCUUGAUGUCAUUAGAAGAGCUUUAUGGACUCCCAAACGGUGAUUACAUCGAUAAACGAGCUGGAUAUCCGAGUGAAGAGGACAAAGAGCAAAUCCGGCAAUUGCGAGAGAAAUACAGACGCGAUUUCCUCUCGAUCCACCCAGAUGCAGAGAAGAAAGGAAAAGAAGAAAAAAGU